GAGAUUAGUUCCUCUCUUGUCACCCAGCAGAGCAGCACCCGGUUAUUAUGUGAUAUCGCCCACCAUGGCUGUGGUGUAUGCGGACUUGAGGUUUGCACGGUCUCCGGCACAGGAACCACCUACAACGGACCUGUCCCAGAUAUAUGGCGAGUGGGAAGUCACAUAUGAGAAUGUGAAGCCUCUGAGAGAACAAGGAGAAAGGAGGGAAGAUUCCAGCACCCCAGUCCUACGCCGUUGGCUGCACAGAUUUUCGGCUGUUCACUCUCCUUACGUCACUGUCUGCCUGAUGCCCAUCUGUCUCGUCCUACUGGGGGCGACUAUCAGACUGUCUGUGGACUUGUCCCAGAUGUCUCACCUCCAUGAGGAAAUUGCUGGCCAGUUUGAGAAGCUGCAGGAGGAUCAUAGGGCCCUUAAUGCAACCCUGUUGGACACCAUCCUACAGAAAGAGCAGGACCUGCAAGGGAAAGAGGAGAUGCUGAUAAAGACGAGGGCAGAAUUGGAAAAGACACAGAACCUUCUGGGAACCAGUAGGGGGAGUAACACUGACAUGAACCAAAGACUGGAGGCAACAGUCAGACAGAGGAACCAGCUCCAGUCUGAUCUCCGUGACUGCCAAAUGGAUUUGCAGAGAAAAAUGGUGGAACUGGGAGAGACGAGCGGCCAGAGAACAAGUUGUCAGAAUGAGCUGAACUCCUGCAGAUGGGACCAAGGAACAAUAAAUAAUCAUUACAGACAGUCGCAAAGCUCCGUUGCUGACAAAAGCAAACAGCUGAAUACGGCACAGGGAAACUUGGCCAAGGCACAAUGGGAAUUACAGAAUGUGAAGAACAACUUGAAAGAGACGGAGAGAAAUCUUGACGAAAUCAGGAGAAGUGACGCACAGAAAGGGAAGAAUCUUUUGGCUCUGCAGCAACAGUGGAGUGAAGUUCAGCAAUGCGUCUCUGUCUCCUGUAAGAACCCCAGUAAUGCAGAGAUUGGACCCUACAAUGAUCCUUUCAAUUACUGCCCAGACGUCUGGCAGCAGAUUGGAGACCAGUGCUACUACUUCUCUAAUGAAUCCAAGUACAGACUAGCUAGUGAAAUCUUCUGCAGGGGCACCGGGGCCGUGUUGGCCAAAAUAGAAGAAAGUGAUGACAUUCUAAAGGAAAUGAUAACAAAGUCUUCUCGUUCUUACUGGAUUGGGCUGAAGAAGGUUGAACACUCAAAUCUCUUCCAUUGGAGUGAUAAUUCCAAACAAAUCCUAGAGAGCUCAGCAAAUCAAUUCUGUGCCAUGGCCUCUCCUCAACUGAAGGCAGAAAUGUGCUUGAGGCUCUUGCCUUGGAUUUGCCAGAAGAAAACAGAGCAAUGUCAUAACAAGAUGGAACUCUUAAAGUGCUUUGGGGAGAAACUGGGGGUAUUUGGGAAGCGGAACCGUCCCUAGUCAAUUACUGAGAACCCAAGCAACACGGAGCAUUGGAACAUGGGACAGACAAUGAAAUAACAUAGUAUAUAUACCUGUGACUUUAUUAUAAAUAUGUCAUUUUGGUUUCCAUUCUGGCCAGGACCUUCUCUGUAUUUUCUCCCUGUGAGAUCUUGAGUUCAUUCUGCCCCAGGGCAAUAUCUGUUUUGUCUGUAUGUGGAGAGAGGGUCAGUAGCUGCAUGGAGUCUGUAUGUUCUGUGUGGGGAGAAUUUGGUUUUAUUCUGAUCACGGCAGGAGGAGUCUGUAUGUUCUCCCUGUGUGUUUUUAUGGGUUUCCUCACAGGGACAUAAAUGAGCCCCCUGGCCUCCAUUCCUCCCUUUUCUUUCUUUUUCCUGUAUUUUUAUUUGUAUUAAU